AUGAUUGCCGAGCUGGCCUUGGGUCAUGUUCCGACGAGGCAGACUGCGCCCCAGCUUCGCAUCCGAACAUGCAUCGUGAGAUUUGCAAGCGCUACUGCGCCCUUUGGCAUCGAUCGUUUGUGCCUUGAAGCAGCCAAGAAGACUAAACUAAACGGUGAGCUGAUGCAAGGCACAGACAACCUUGCGAAAGCGUGCUGGGGAAUCACCAAUGGACCUCCAGCUGAGCCCCCUCCAAGCAUCUCAUCACCACGCAUCUAUGACGCCAACCUUGGCCCGACCCGUGCCAUCCUCGCCCACAGCCAUCUUAGCCUCCGGCUGUUUGUCGGAUGCACUGCUCAGGAGGGAGUCGUCCAACCGCAUCAGCUUCUCCGUCCAGAACAACCCGGAGAAACUGGAGCCGAGUCAUCCGUCCAUCACAUCCCUCCCAUCUCAGAAGAGGGUCCGAGCUCCCAGAGCUCUCGUCUCAUGGAGCUCUACGGGUUCCCUAGCAUGGACCAUGACAGUUCUUGA